AUGAGUGAUGCAGGUCAACCUCGAGAUGCUGGUGAGUCAUCCACUGUUAGAGAAAUGAGGCAGGAAGAUGACCAGGAUGUUCAGCCUGGAGACUCUGCGAGUCAGUGUGGAAGCCACACAAGUUCUGCUUCAUCAUCUAAGCUGAGACUGAUGGCCCGCAAAGCAGCAUUGGCAGCUGAAGCAGCUGCUAUGGAGGAACGACAAAAUCUAGAACUUGAAGAAUUUCGACUUACGCAGCGUAAGUUGAGACUGUCUAUGCAAACCAAGCUGCGGAUCGCAGAAGCAGAAGAACGCGUGUACCUGGACUUUGAGACCAAUAAGUUUGGAGUCAGCUUACCUGAGAAAGAGGAUGAAACCUUGCCAUACCCCUCAGAUAAUAUGGCAAUGAGAACGCCAGAGAACACCGUUCCCAGGUCUUCAGAGACAGCAGUCGCUAGGUCAUCAGAGGCAGCUGUUCACACUACAACCUCAAAGCCUGUUGUAGCGAGUGACUCUUCUUGGAAUAACAAUGGUAAAGGUGAUAAGAUAUCAGCGAAUCAGUCCAGGAAUGAGAAUUCAGAUCUCAUCAAUCUGAUGAGGCAAAGUCAGAAGCAGCAACAACAUCUCCUUGAAGCAAUGCAACUCCCUAAAGCUGAACUGACUUGUUAUGAAGGAGAUCCAUUGGGAUUUUGGGAGUUCUGGCGUAGCUUCGAAGACAGUGUGGAUGCCACGCUGGUGGAGGACAGGACGAAGUUGACGAGAUUGCUUCAUUACUGUAAGGGAGAACCUAAGAGAUUACUGAGUCCUUGCCUGUUAAUGCCUACCAUGCAGGGAUAUUCCACAGCGAAGCAUCUUUUACAGGAGCGCUAUGGAAAUCCAGUCAUUAUAACAGAGGCCUGGGUGAAGAAGAUAACAAAUGGGAAGAGCAUAGGCCCUCAAGACAGAAAUGCACUGAGAGCUCUGGCAGAUGAUAUGAGUGUAUGCUUGAUGUCUUUUCGGGCCAUGGGGUUUGAGCAUGAACUCUCACCUCAAAAGGUGCUUCUUCCGAUUGCUGAACGACUGCCUUAUCAUCUGAAGGGAAAAUGGCUUAAUAGAGUCGGAGUGCUUCGUCGUCAGAACAGGAUCCCGGGCUUCGAGGACAUGAUGUACUUUGUGCAAGAAGCUGCACAAGAAAUCAACGACCCUGUCUACGGUGGCCUUAUGUCUUCCAAGAGUGAUCAACGAAAAUCUACAAGUGGUGGAAAACCCAAGGGCUCCUUUUCAACUUCAUCAAGUUCCAAGCCUGCGGAACCAGGAUGUUUCGAGUGUAAAGGUGACCACAAGCUGUGGGACUGCAAGCAGUUCAAAGACAUGAUGCCCAAAGAUCGUCUUCGGCUUGCAAGAAAGAAAGGACUGUGCUUUAACUGCUUAAGACCAGGUCACAUGACUGGAGCAUGCAAGAGCAAGAUGACUUGCUCCGUUGAAGGCUGCUCUCGAAAGCACAAUAAGCUCUUACAUACAUCGGAACCAGCUGGUGACCAAAAUUCAGAGGGUGAUGCACAGAAUAACAGCGUGGAAGUCGAGGCGUCUUGCAAUUCCACAGGGGCCGGCAGGAGGAGUGUGCUACCUAUAGUGCCUGUGAGAGUACGAGCAGAAGGCGGCAAACAAGUGCUGAAGACAUAUGCACUACUUGACUCCGGUUCUACAAGCACGUUCUGUUUGACGAGUCUAGUGAGGCGCCUAGGAGUUAAAGGCGUAAAGGAGAAGCUCCUGCUAACAACUCUCGAGAGGAAAGAAAGUAUUGUCCACACUGAAGCUGUAAGUCUUGUAGUGGAUACUGGAGACGACAGUAAAAGGGUGAAGCUUCCAUGUGUUUAUACAAAGGACAGUAUCAACGUCAAGGGCAUUCACAUGGCCAAGUAUGAAGAGAUUAAAGGAUUGACCCACCUUAAAGGUAUUAACAUCCCUUUGGCAACCGAGGAAGAAGUGGGUCUGAUAAUCGGCCAAGACGUGCCUGAAGCCUUGUUUCCUUUAGAGAUCAGAAAGGGAAAAGAGGGACCGUACGCAAUAAGCACCUGUCUCGGAUGGACGCUCCAUGGUCCUCUGAACACCACAGAGAAAAAGGAAAAGGAAAUAUAUGCCACAAGCACCUUCAUCGAAGGAGAUCUGUGUCUCGAGAAGCAGUUAGAGAAAUUCUGGAAGCUGGAGACUGCUGAUCCACUGAAGGAAGAGAGGGGAAUGUCCAGAAACGAUGUAAAGGCUUUGGCAGAAUGGGAGCAAGGCAUCUGCACAGAAGACGGCCACUACCAGCUCCCUAUCCCCUUCAAAAGGAGACCUCCCAAUCUCCAGAAUAAUCGUUGGUUAGCUCAGAGGAGACUCGAAAGCCUAGGAAGAAAGCUUAACCAAAGUGAUGGCCUCCUCCAGAAGUAUGCAGACGGCAUAACAGAUCUCUUGGAAAAAGGUUAUGCUGAAGAGGUCAAUGAACAGGAAGAAAAUAAGAACCAAUGUGAAUGGUACUUGCCACACCAUGCAGUAUUCCAUCCGCAGAAGCCUGGGAAAGUAAGGAUCGUUUUCGAUUGUGCGGCUGAAUGGAAAGGCUUGUCGCUGAACAAGGUAGUCUACCAGGGACCAGAUCUUACCAACAAGCUGAUCGGGGUGUUGUUGAGGUUUCGAUCAGCUCCUGUGGCCUUGAUGGCAGAUGUCGAAGCCAUGUUUCAUCAAGUACGAGUGCCUGCUGCAGACCGAGAUGUUCUGAGAUUCCUAUGGUGGCCAAGAGGUAACAUGAAAGAAAACCCCCUAACCUACCGAAUGUGUGUUCACUUGUUCGGGGGAACCUGGAGUCCGAGUGUGUGCAGCUAUGCUCUCCGAAGGACAGCUGAGGACUUUGAAACUGAAUUCAGCCCUGAUGUCGCAAGAAUUGUGAAGCAUAAUUUCUACGUGGAUGAUUGCUUGGUGGCUGUACCUGAUGAAGAUGCUGCAAUUAGAAUAGCUACUGAGUUGAGGAGCCUGUUGCAGAAGAAAGGCUUUAGACUUACUAAGUGGAUUAGCAAUCGAACCAAAGUUCUUCAAUCCAUCCCAGAGGAAGAGAGGGCUAAGCAAGUCAAAGGCUUAGACUUAAACAGGGAACCACUUCCAGUUGAGAGAGCCUUGGGUAUCAACUGGGAUGUACAGGAAGACUGUCUGGAGUACAAGACAUCGAUAAAGGACAAACCUCUGACAAGAAGGGGAUUGCUUAGCAUCGUAUCAAGCAUUUAUGACCCGCUUGGCUUCUUGAGUCCCUUCAUCUUGAAAGCUAAGCAUCUGAUGCAAAGACUGACGACAUUGAAGUUAGGAUGGGAUGACCCAAUUCCAGAUGUUGAACAGGAGAUUUGGCAACAGUGGGUAAAACAACUUUCUGAGGUAGAACACUUCAAGGUGCCAAGAUGUAUGAUUCCCACAAGCUAUGGUGCCAUGAUUGAGUAUCAGCUUCAUCAUUUCGCUGAUGCCUCUGAAGAAGCCUAUGGAGCAGUCACCUAUCUGGUAGCCAAGAAUUCUGAUGGACAAGUCUGCAGCAGCCUUGUCUUUGCCAAAUCUCACCUCGCUCCUCUAAAAAGGACUACCAUACCUCGCCUGGAGCUGAUGGCUGCUACUGUUGCGGUGAAGGCUGAUGUCUUAGUGAGGAGAGAACUGGGUCUACCACUGAAGGACUCGGUGUUUUGGACUGACAGCAUGAUUGUAUUGGCAUACAUCAAGAAUGAGGACAAACGAUUUCACACUUUUGUUGCCAAUAGAUUGUCAGUGAUUCACUCUGUCAGUGAUGUAAAGCAGUGGCACCAUGUCAACAGUAAGGAGAAUCCAGCUGAUGAUGUAAGCAGAGGCAUGAGUGCACGAGAUCUGGUAGCUAGCCAAAGAUGGAUUCAUGGACCAGAAUUCAUACUGCUGUCUGAAGAGGAAAGGAGCCAAGAUCCAGAUUCAGAUGAUAUAUCAGACAAUGAUCCAGAAGUAAAGACUGUUAAGUCCUUCACUGCCGAAACUAGAGAUGAAGUACCACUGGCAGCUACUGACAAACUGUUAAAUUACUUUUCGGAGUGGUACAAGCUGAAGAAGGCAGUAGCUAGGAUCUUGCAGUUUGGAAAGUAUCUGCAGAGUAAAGCACAGAAGAAAACAUUUGACUGUGAGAAGCUUCUUACAGUGAGUGACUUGAGAGAUGCAGAACAAGCAAUUCUGAAGUAUAUCCAGCAUCAGAGCUUUCCUGAAGAACUGGAAGUACUGCAGAGACCUGUAAGAAAUGAAAGAGAGAGCAAAGAACAGGUAUCCAGAGUAAAGAAAUCUAGCUCUCUUUCCAAGCUGGACCCAAAGGUAUUUGAUGAUGGUCUUAUUCAUGUAGGUGGACGUCUUCAACAUGCAUCAGUCGAUAAUAAGACCAAACAUCCCAUCAUUCUUCCCAAGAUGCACCAUGUUGUGAGACUGAUCAUAAGACAAUAUCAUCAGAUGUCGGGUCACUCAGGACGAGAACAUGUGCUCUCAUUACUCAGGAGACAGUACUGGGUAAUAAGUGGAAGAGUAGCCGUUAAACAAGCUCUUCGAGACUGUGUGGUGUGCAAGCGGAUGUCAGCCACUCCAACCACACAAAAGAUGGCUGAUCUACCAAGUGACAGAGUGCAAACAGAGAAACCACCAUUUACCUAUGUUGGUGUUGAUUGUUUUGGUCCGUUCAUGGUCAAGCAAGGAAGGUCUCAUGUCAAACGUUAUGGCUGCAUUUUUACCUGUUUGGUAGUACGUGCAGUACAUAUUGAAAUAUUGCACUCUUUGGAAACGGACUCGUUCAUAAAUGGACUUCAACGGUUCAUAGCACGUCGAGGUCAACCAGAGGUUAUCAGAAGUGACAAUGGGACGAACUUUGUUGGGGCCGAGCGUGAACUACGUGAUGGUAUCCGAUCUUGGAAUCAACAGAAGAUCCAGGAUCAUCUGUUGCGGAAAGGUAUAGACUGGAAGUUCAAUCCUCCAAGUGCUUCGCACAUGGGGGGCUCGUGGGAGAGACAGAUCAGAACUGUACGCAAGGUGUUGAACGCUUUACUGAAACAGCAGGCUCUCUCUGAUGAGGGCUUGUGUACUCUGAUGUGUCUGGUAGAAGCAGUGAUCAACGGACGUCCUCUCACUGUGGUCUCUGAUGAUUACAGGGACCUAGAACCACUAACACCUAACCAUCUCUUGCUUCUGCGGCAGAGUAAUGUCCUCCCCUUCGACGUGAGUGAGAAGAGAGAUCUCUAUAGUCAAAGAAGAUGGCGGCAGAUACAAUAUUUAGCCGACGUCUUUUGGCGCAGGUGGAUUCGCGAAUAUCUGCCCGCCCUCCAACAGCGAGAGAAGUGGUCUACGCCAUCGAGAAAUAUAGCUGUAGGGGACAUCGUGCUCAUCAUGGACGGAUUGCCGAGGAAUCAAUGGUUAAUGGGAAGGAUAACAGAAACAUUUUCUGGUAGAGAUGGUUUAGUAAGGACGGCAAAAAUAAAGACCAAAUCAUCUACACUGGUUAGACCUGUACAAAAACUAUGUCUAAUUGAAUCUACAGAACAAGAGAAAUAA